AUGUCCUCCUGCAAAGUCGUUCUGGCCAAGAACAUCGCCAAUGGCUUGCUCCAGGAAGUCCAGGACGGACUCAAGACGCUGAACCGAAAGCCUCACCUCGUGGGCUUCCUGGCCAACCAAGACCCAGCUGCUCGCAUGUAUGCCGACUGGACUGAGAAGACAUGCCACGAGAAUGGCUUCCAAUACACCCGCCGCGACGUCUUCAAAGAAGAUAUCGAAGAAGCCAUCCUCGCCGCCAACGCCGACGACACCAUCGACGGCAUAAUCGUCUACUACCCGAUCUUCAACAGCCGGCAAGACCAAUACCUGCAGCAAAUCGUCGACGUAUCCAAGGACGUCGAGGGCCUCAGCCACCGCUACGUGUUCAACAUGUACCAAAACAUCCGGUUCUUGGACGAGGAGACCAAAACCCAAAAAUCGAUCUUGCCGUGCACCCCGCUUGCGAUUGUCAAGAUAUUGGAAUAUUUGCAUAUCUAUAAUACUAUAUUGCCCUAUGGGAACAGGUUGCAUGGCCACACGAUCUGUGUCGUGAACCGGUCCGAGGUUGUCGGGAGACCGCUCGCGGCCCUGCUGGCUAAUGACGGUGCGUGCGUGUAUAGCGUGGAUGUCACUGGUGUGCAAAAGUUUACGCGCGGCGAGGGCCUCACCAAGACGAGGCACGAGGUCGAGGAGUUGGACGGAUGGACGAUUAAGGAUGCGGCGCCGCUGUGUGAUGUCGUUAUCACGGGCGUCCCCGGCGAGAAGUAUAAGUUUGAUACGAGUCUGCUGAGAGGUGGAGCGGUGUGUAUUAAUUUCUCGAGUGAGAAGAAUUUUGACCCGGUCGUUAAGGAGAAGGCGUCCAUUUAUGUGCCGUCAAUCGGGAAGGUGACUAUUGUGGUGUUGUUGCGCAAUUUGCUGAGGAUUGUCCACAAUCGCGCGGCUCAGAAGGCGUAG